UUCUCAUUAUUGUUUUAUAUUUCUUCUCGAUCGGACGGAUCAGCUGAUGGCUUUUUCUCUUUCCUGGCGAUUGUUGACAGUCGCGCGAUUGGCCGAGCGAUCGCGCGACCCAAUACGACGACUUUUGUCUGUCAGCUCAUUCUUGUCUGCCAAAAAAGUAGUACCCUUCAAAUUGUCGGACAUCGGCGAGGGAAUUCGAGACGUCACAGUGAAAGAAUGGUUCGUGAAACCGGGAGAUCAGGUGAAGCAGUUCGAUGACAUCUGUGAGGUGCAGAGCGAUAAAGCCUCGGUGACAAUCACUAGUCGCUACGAUGGCCUCAUCAAGACUCUGCACUACAAGAUUGACGACGUCGCGUUGGUCGGAUCAACGCUGUUGGAUUUUGAGGUAGAAGACGACUCAAAAGACGCCGUAAGAGACGAUGCUGGCGAGACCGCAAAGAGCGCAGAAAAUCAAACGAUUGACAAUACAGAAAAAAGCGAGAGAAGAUCAGAUAAGGUGGAAUCAGAGGACAUCACCUUGAAAGAAGAGAAGGUAUUGUCGACCCCAGCGGUGAGGAGGAUAGCCAAAGAGAAUAACAUAAAGCUAACGGAUGUAAAAGCGACUGGCAAGGAUGGAAGAGUACUCAAGGAAGACAUACUGGUACACCUGCAGAACAUUUCCACGGAUCCGAGAGUUCAGGUGAAUGUUCCAUCGAGCAUGACGGGAAGAAUGGUCAAUCUUAAAAGAUACACGAAACACAUGUGGAAAACUAUGACGAAAUCUUUGACAAUACCACACUUCGUCUACAGCGAUGAGUGCAACGUGGACCAAGUGAUGCGCUGUCGAAACGAUGUGAAAGACUCCUUGAUGGAACAAGGCAUCUCUCUAACUCUUACGCCAUUCUUCAUAAAAGCAGCCUCGCGAGCGUUGCAGCAGUAUCCUCAAUUAAACGCUUGGCUCGACGAACAGACCCAACAGCUGCAGCUCUUGGACAAUCAUAAUAUCGGCAUUGCCAUGGACACUCCGGACGGCCUAAUAGUGCCGAACAUCAAGAAUGUGCAGAAUCUCAGUGUUUUCGCAAUCGCGCAAGAGCUGAAUAGACUUCAGAAAUGCGGCAAUUUUACUUUUCGAGUAUCCAUUGGUGGAACGUAUAUGAAACCGGUUAUCGUAUCACCGCAGGUGAUAAUAGGUGCAUUUGGGAGGGCGCGGAAGUUGCCGCGAUUCGACGAUGAGGGGAAUGUGAUUCCAGCCAGCAUAAUGUCGAUUAGCUGGUCCGCAGAUCAUCGCAUCGUUGACGGCAUAACGGUGGCUAGAUUCUCCAAUCUGUGGAAGUACUAUGUGGAGAAUCCAUCGCAUCUGAUGAUCUGCCCUUGAAGCCGUCUAUAGAUAUUUAUAUACACUAAGGAUCCAGAUUGGACGUAUUAUUAAUUUCCUACGUAUUAUUAAAACGAGAUUAUGAAGAUUAUGGCGAAAUGUUAAUAUAACGUUGUGAUUUUUAUAUUAAUUAUUUAUAUAAUCGAAACAAAAUCAUAAAAGUAUAAAGUAAUAAACUAUUUGAUGUCAGAGUCGUUUUCUCAUCAAGUAAAACUCAUCAAGUUUCGGUACAGGACGAGAAAUAAAUACUUUCAAAUGCCUGACAUAUCAUAUAAAAUAUUAACAUAAUAUGAAUACAAUAAUCGACCUUUUUUGAAUAACUAAUGUUUCAUAAGUUCCAUGAAACAACUCGCCUAGUUACAUUUAUUUGUGCUCCCAAUUUAAAAUGAGUCAGAAUACAUACUAUUUAUACAAAAUUCAGUAACCAAUUUCAGAAUGAUUAAGUUUAACGCAAACUGUUGUCGUAAACAGUUUAUUUACUAAUUCGUAAUUUACAUUGAUAAUUUGUCUUUUCACGUGUCUGCACUUACCACGUCUAUAUUGGACAACAUAAAAGUCGUUGCUCAGAUCGGUAUCGAUGACCUACCACACUCCUGAAACCUGUUCAGCUCCUGCGCGAUCGCAUUGAGAUUCAUCUUCUUGAUAUUUAAAACUAUUAAGUUAUCCAGAGUAUCUAUGACGACGCCGAUAUUAUUAUUGUUCAGAACUUGCAGUUGUUGGCUCUUCGUUGAAUCAAGCGUUUAAUUGGAGAUACUACUCCAAUGCUCACGAGGCUGCUUUUAUGAAGAACGGCAUAAAAGUUAGAAAGAUGACCCGUUCCAUCAAGAAAUCCUUCAUAUCAUUUCGGCAACAUAUCGCUUGAUCCACAUUGCAUUCAUCACUGUAGACGAAGUGCGGUAUACUCUGUGAGAAAUUCAUAGUAAAGAUAAAGUUGCUUUCUGAUGGAUAACUCGUUGGAAGACUUUCACGUAUAUUUUCUUCAAGGAAGUUACGCGGUUAUCUCCGAGUUUUGAUACAUUGAGUGUAUUAAUAAUGCAGUUGAUUUUUAUUUUCAAUAUUUAUAUAACUGAGACAAAAAUCAAUAGCGUUAUUAACACUUUUGCCAUCUCUCUUUUUUCAUAAUCUCGUUUUAAUACGUAGGUGAAUCCAUCAAAAAUAAUCAUGGCAAAAUAAAAAGAAAAAAAAUGUAUUGUCGGUUUUGUACAUAAAAAUUGUACAUUGGGACCUAGUUUUUUAUGUAAA